GCACCAAAAAGUAAUAAGCUUUUUUGUUUAUGUUUAAUCCAUUUAUUUAUCAUAUUAAUGCAUAAAAAACCAAUUUUUUUAAUAAAAAAUUCCUUCCUUUUUUCUUUCUUCGAAGUAUGCCCGGCUUGUAGCCUUCAAGUGGCAAACUUGUAGUAACACCACCAUCUCUUCACUUUUCUUGCGGUUCCUUCCCCAUUUAUAAAGGAACCCAGAUCUUGGCUUUGUGAAUGAGUUCAAAGAUGGGUUCUGGGGUUUGUGUAAUGGGUUUAUGCUUCUGGGUUUAUAUAUUCUGCUGCAGCUUCAUUUCUGUGAAUGCAAACAGUCUGGUUGGAGAUGCAAAUGUUGAAGGGACUGUUUUCAUAGAUGGGAAUAAAGCCAUUGGGAAGAUUGAUGACGAUUUUGUUUGUGCUACCUUAGAUUGGUGGCCUCCUGAGAAAUGUGACUACGGGACUUGCAGUUGGGGCCUGGCUUCUCUGUUCAAUCUGGACCUUAACAACAAUAUCUUUCUAAAUGCUGUAAAAGCUUUUGCUCCCUUGAAGAUUAGACUGGGUGGCUCUUUGCAAGAUAAGGUCAUAUAUGGCACUGAAGACGAUAAGGAACCUUGUGUUCCAUUUGUUCAUAACACCUCAGAGAUGUUUGGUUUCACUCAGGGAUGCUUACCCAUGCCCAGAUGGGAUGAACUCAAUGCCUUUUUCAAGAAAGCUGGGGCCAAGAUUAUUUUUGGACUCAAUGCUCUUACUGGACGGUCCAUACACUCUGAUGGUUCCGCUGUAGGACCUUGGGACUACAGAAAUGCCGAAUCUUUAAUUCGUUAUACUGUCAAAAAGAACUAUACUAUCCAUGGUUGGGAGCUUGGGAAUGAAUUAUGUGGAAGUGGAGUCGGGACAAGAGUUGCAGCAAAUCAGUAUGCACUUGACACUAUUUCGCUGCAAAACAUAGUACACGCUAUUUACAACGCAAUUGAGCCGAAGCCUCUAAUCAUAGCACCUGGAGGUUUCUUUGAUGCAAAUUGGUUCAAAGAAUUCUUAGAUAAAACAGGCAAUUCAUUAGAUGUUGCCACACAUCAUAUAUACAAUCUUGGGCCAGGGGUUGACCAGCACCUCGUUGAAAAGAUCCUUGAUCCAUCCUAUCUUGACGGCGAGGCUACUACUUUCAGUGACCUAAAAAAUACCCUCAGGAGUUCUCCAACUUCUGCCGUCGCCUGGGUUGGUGAAGCUGGAGGAGCUUACAACAGUGGUCAUAACCUUGUUACAAAUGCUUUUGUGUUUAGUUUCUGGUAUUUGGAUCAGCUCGCGAUGUCUUCUGUCUAUGACACAAAAACAUACUGCAGACAAUCAUUGAUAGGUGGAAAUUAUGGUUUGCUCAAUACUACCACUUUUGUGCCAAAUCCAGACUACUACAGUGCUCUUCUUUGGCACAGAUUAAUGGGAAGAAAUGUGUUGUCGACAAGUUUUUCCGGGACUAAGAAAAUACGUGCUUACGUUCAUUGUGCAAAGCAAUCUAAAGGAAUUACAUUGCUCCUAAUUAACCUCGACAACAGCACGACUGUUCAGGCAGAAGUAGCCUAUAACAGCACCAGAUCGUUGCGACAUAAACACAAGCAUCAUCAUAAAACAAAGCUCAUUAGGCUGCCUAGCGGUCUUGCAGAAGGCAGCAUGAGAGAGGAAUACCAUUUGACAGCAAAAGAUGGAAAUUUACACAGUCAAACCAUGCUACUAAAUGGAAACAUUUUAACUGUAAAUUCUUCUGGAGACAUACCUAGAUUAGAGCCUCUAUACGUAAAUUCUUCGAAACCAAUAUUCGUUCGCCCUUUCUCUAUUGUAUUUGCUGUUAUACCAAUUGUUUUCCCUGCUUGCGGAUAGAGAGAGCAGUACAUGGAACUCAAAAUUUGGUUCCAUUUAGUGAUUGACCAAAUAAGAGAUAGAAUGCAAAGUAAAUAUUGGAUUGUUUUUCUUUCUUGUUUCUCUUGUUGAAGAACACAAUGAAUUCUCUUUCA